AUGGAUGAGGGAACUCGCGACUCCGACUUUCAGGAGUCCCCUGAUAUUGAGGACACUUCCGACCAUGAGGAGUCUGACUGUGUAGAGCAGCCUUCCGACUUUGAGUACACUUCCGACAAUGAGGAUUGGUCUGAUUCCAAGAGAGUCAAGCUUUCGGAUCCCGGACCUACAGUUCAACAAGAGCUGUCGCGCCCAAUGCCAGAUCUGCCGCGAGAGAUUCGACGAUUGAUCUGGCGAGAACUCGCCACUAUUGCACUCCCCGCGAUACCAGUCAGACGCCACAUUCGACUCGAGCCACAAGAUGAAUACAAAGUUAUCAGCGACAUCAAUGACGGUGCAACAGUUCUUGUAGCGCUGGACAUGCAUGACGGCGACGGCUCGAACUUUGAAAGCAAAUAUGAAAACCCGCUCUUCAGACUCAGUGUCAUGAAGGCAUCACCUGACCUCUUUAGGGAGGUGUUGAACGACGUGGCCGACAGGGUAGUUUUCGCCUUUUACUCCUCUAUCAACUCCCGAUUUACAGAGACGCUGGCCAAACACUACGGCGAGAUGCCUCAAGCCAUGCCACGUAUCCGAACGCUGUGGCCUAAACAGCCGUCUCGUGGCUGCGGCUGGGAAAGAGAUUAUUGCAUCAAGCAAGAUUACACCAUUAAUCUCUUGUUCGAGGCACUUGGGACAGAGGAUCCUGACGAAGAGGCCCACGGUGACCAGAUUCAAGUAGAUGAUUACCCGCGAGAUGGAAUUAUCAGUAGCGCACUGGAGUCAUGGCAUUUCAACAUAACUAAACCCCAAUAUCAGAUUGCUAUAGCCCUAGAGCCUGGAACGCUGAAACAGCCCCAGAAAGUCGCCAUUGGGCCUGGUCUUGGGGAUUGCUUCAAAGACCUCAAGAGAGACCUCAAUAUUCCUAUGCUUUGGGUCUUCGAUUGA